ACAUUUGCGCUGAGUUGCCAUCUUAGAGCAAGAGCAAUGAGCAAACUGUUGGUGGUUGUAUUUGAUUAACGAUUGUUUAAAAAAAGUAUGGGUUUAAAUCAUUUAAAAAAUAUUUAAAAAUAUAUAUUUAUUUUUUUAAGGGUAGGGUUCUUGUAUAAAUAUGUGUGUGUGUUUUCGGCUCCACUACGUUGGUGAAGUCAGAGAGGAAGAGGAAGAGAGGCCCAACUCAGCAGAAAAUCUGUCUCCCUCCUUUACUCCGUGUCUCAUAUACAGGCUUUAUCACAACCGGCCGUGUUUGGGAGUCCCAUAGGGCGGCGCACAAUUGGCCCAGUGUCGUCCGGGUUUGGCCGGUGUAGGACGUCAUUGUUUAUUCAAGCCAUACAGACGUGACGUCAUCAUUUGUGCUUCUAGUGAUCCCCUCACAUGACCAGAAAACGGAAGUGGCAUUUGAAGCCUCGUAAACAAUCGCUCUCCGACUGUCUCUUUCAAACAAACCGUGAUACAAACGCCUAGAUUAUAAGAAAACCACUAUUUAAUCGUGUUUUAUCUAGAUCUAAGUUGGGAUAGUCACCGGGAUCUCUGCUCGUCGAACUGUGAGACGGUAGGAGAGAGAGCGAGAGAAACAGAAACAGAUAGAGAGAUGGGUCUGUCAGAGAAAGAAGAGUGUGUCUUGUUGGAUAAAAAGCUGCUUGUCUUUAUGGACCAACUGGAGCUGCUGGAGGAGAAACGAGAGAGACUCAACUCACUAAUAGAACAGGGAUGGUUCUCCAUGUCCAAAGCGAGGUAUUCGAUGGGCAACAAGCAGGUGUCUGCUCUGCAGUAUGGGAGUGAGAUGGAACCUCUGGUCCGAGUGCACACCAGGACUCUGGAGAGUGGUGAGGCCGAGUUCCAGACAAAGAGAAGAACGCUGAAGUGUCCUGAAGAGAGACAGGUGGAGGACAUUGGACCUAAAGACAAGGAGGGUGUGAGGAGAAGAGUGAAGACGCAGGAGGUUCCAGAGAUAGACCAGAGUGACAACAAUGAUCCGUGGACAGAGACCGAGCCGGCUCCUUCCUCCAAGCCUGAACCCAACCCCCAGCAGGACCCACUGAAGUGGUUUGGAAUCCUGGUGCCUCAGACCCUGAAACAGGCCCAGGCCUCAUUCAAACAGGUGGUAGAGUUGUCAGCGGAGAUGGCUGCUCUCCAGUCUGCAGUCCUGACCACCAGACAACAGCUGCAGAUGAAACAGAAGAGCAGGAGCCAGACCUCGGACCAGACGGACAGACUGACCUGACAGACUGACCUGACGACAGACUGACCUGACGAUAGACUGACCUGACGGACCGACCGACCGACCCACCCACCCACCCUGACCCACCCACCCUGACCCACCCACCCUGACCUACCCUGACCUGACCUGACCAGAUCAUGGUUUAGCGUACACAGCCACUCUCUCCCACAUAGUAUAGUAGUGCACUACUUCUGUCUAGAGCCCUUUCAUACAAAGACUGAGGGGGCUGCAACACCCCUGAUAAAUAAAUAAAAAAUAUAGAAAUAA